CUCCAAAAACAUAAAAUAAAAAAUGUAAUAACUUUCUCUCAAAAAAAAAUGUAAUAACUUAUACUGUAUCACCAAAUACGACCAAAACGAGUUUCUUUAUCUAAGAAUUUAUAAAAAUUAUUCUCAGUUAUUUAGUCUAAAAAAAUCAAUAAAUAAAGAAAAAUAUUAUAAUUCAUUAAAGAAAAUUCUAACAAGUUUCAAUCCAUAGAAACAAAAUUUUAGAUAUCUUAUCUCCUAUCUUUAUCUUAUGUUGCAUGUGAGUUAUUAAUAUUUAAUUAUUUUAUUACAAAAAGUCUAAUUAAAUCGAAAAAGAGAGAUGCAACUGGCAUGCUUUUUUUUUUUAAGGGAAUAGAUAGUAGAUAAUAAUAAUGGUAAUUUUUUUUUAAAAAAAAAAAUUAUUUAAAGAUUCAUUUAAAAUAAAAUUAUGUAAAGAUUUAUAAAACUAAUUAUUCAAAAAAAAAAAAGAAAAAUUGAUGAAAUACAUCGUCAUUAUCGUCUCUCCCUUUCAGAAAACAAAAAUUUCAACUUUUCAUAUCCAAUUUUCUGCUUGACCUUAUCGAUUCCCGAGUUUGAUGGGCUAAACUGUAUCAACUCAGCGAGUUAGGGUUCGAAUCAAUUGAUAAAAUUUCCCAAUUUGGCUGUCAAAUCAUAUCAUGGCGUCGGUAAGAUCUCCUAACAGAUCAUCUGAAGAUAUUGUGGAUACGACGCCGUUUCUGGGUGGCUCUUCCGAUGAGAGCAAUUCCGGCCGUCGAUUUGUUCAGAGGCAGAGUUUGCGACAGGCUGCGCGGUUCCUUCGCCAGGCGAGCAGCCGGAGGAUGAUGCGUGAGCCAUCGAUGCUCGUGCGUGAGACCGCAGCCGAGCAAUUGGAGGAGAGGCAGAGCGAUUGGGCGUACUCGAAACCCGUGGUGAUACUCGAUAUUAUUUGGAAUUUCGCGUUCGUAGUCGUGGCGGCCACGGUUUUGGUUCUUAGCCGGACUGAAUCCCCGGAUGUGCCCUUGAGGUUGUGGAUUAUUGGGUACGCUUUUCAGUGUAUUCUACAUGUGGUGUGCGUCUGCGUCGAGUUUCGCCGCCGGCAAAGGCAACAGAGCCGCCCUAAUUCGGUGGAAGAAGGGAGUGGUGGGAAUUUGAGUUAUGGGUCGAGGGAGGAUUCUAGCCAGUAUGUGUCAUUGGCUCAGAUAGACGACGAUGGUAACAGCAAUGUAGCAAAGCACCUGGAAUCUGCAAAUACAAUGUUUUCAUUUAUCUGGUGGAUUAUUGGGUUCUACUGGGUAUCUGCGGGUGGUCAAACUUUAGCACAAGCCUCUCCGCAGCUUUACUGGCUCUGUAUUAUUUUCCUUGGAUUUGACGUGUUCUUUGUGGUUUUCUGCGUUGCGCUGGCUUGUAUUAUUGGGAUUGCUGUUUGCUGCUGCCUUCCUUGCAUUAUUGCUCUUCUUUAUGCUGUGGCAGACCAGGAGGGAGCAUCCAAAGAAGACAUUGAGCAGUUGUCUAAAUUCAAGUUUAAAAAAAUGGUCAAUAAUGAUAAACUUUCUAGCGAUGAACAAGGAUCUCUUGGAGGCAUAAUGACUGAGUGUGGCACUGACCCACCAGUCGAGCAUGUUCUUUCACAAGAGGAUGCGGAGUGUUGCAUCUGCCUUUCUUCUUACGAUGAUGGUGUAGAACUGAGACAACUUCCCUGCGGUCAUCACUUCCAUUGUUCCUGCGUUGAUAAGUGGCUUUUUAUCAAUGCUACUUGCCCUCUCUGCAAGUACAACAUUUUAAAGAGCAGCAUUUGUGUAGAAGUUUAGUGGAUUGCUGAAGUAUUAUGAAAAAUCAUCUCAAUACCUAGGGUUCUUGGCAUGGGUUCUUGGCAUUCACUGUCGCUAUAUUGUUAGUUGAUAGUUGUAUGCAGAGCUUGUUUGCUCGACUUCAUGUGGGCGUCUUCUGUGUUGGUGUUGUUUUACCUAGUCGUCAAUAACGACCAUGACUCGUUUUCACUUGUUUAUGAUGUAAAUUGGUGUGCAGAGGCCACAGGAGCAUAUUGGUGGAUGACUUGUAGUGUAAUGGGAGAGUCAUUUUCUUCCCUUUGUAUUCGUCUUAUUUCUAUAUGGAUGGGUUUAUGCGUCUAAGGCUCGUAUACCAUUUUAAGGCAAGUAAAAAUAUGUGAAGAGGAAAAGGAGAGAAAGAAAAAUAAUCAUGGUGAUGCCCAAAGGAACAUGCCAAACUUUGUGCCUUUCUUGUGUAGUUUUCAACUUUUUCAUAAUUAGUGGCGCCCUCUAAAUUAUACAGUCA